AUGCUCCCCACAUCCAACAUCACCAUGCACCGACACGCUGCCUACCCAUAUGCCCAGCCGGCGCCCACUACCACCAGAUACUCGGGCACCUCCUCAGCCUUCUCUGCGUCGGCAAACCCCAACGAGGACUGGACCAAGAUCUCCGAUCUUGCUGAGCGCAGGCGGAUACAGAACCGCAUUGCCCAGCGCAACUACCGCAAGAAGCUCAAGAAGAGGCUCGAAGACCUUGAGCGUCGUGCUGCCUCGAGCUCAGCUUCACCUGAGCAGAAGCCUGCCGAGCUGCAGCCACCACAGCGAUCCCCGCGCCAGGAGUUUCCCUCUCCGUCGUCUUCGGAAUCCUCGUACACCACCCCGCCUGCCGAGGAUCGGGGCAUGUUCUCGCAUCAGUACACGCGCCAGCUUUCCACCAGCCCACCUCCCUUCUCCGUAGCGUCGUAUUCGUCGGCCUACCCAGCGCCAGAUGCAGUCGCCUACUCAAUGCCGUACUCCACCUCGCCCUACCACACAAUACCGACCACCCUCACACCGGAGAUGCCAAGCUACACCUACCUGCCGCCACCCCACUCGUCCGCCUACUCCACUGGCCUGCCUAGCCUGGUGCCCAGCAUGAAGAACGAGUACUACGGCGACGAAGAGAUGAGCCCUUUCGGCGUCGGCUACGCGGCCAUUUGCGGAAACGAGAUUCAACCACCACAUUCGUACGCAGACUCAGUAAGGCUCCCCACUCGCCAGCCCUACUACGCAUGA